UGGUGGGGGGGGGCGGUCGCCGAAUGCCACGAACGAGGCAACGUCGCCCCCUAGCGCUCGGUCGGCGUUGAACGCGCGCGUCGCCUCAAUGACGACGACAAUUUGUUGAGUUGACAUUGGGCAGCAGCAGCAGCAACAUCACCACCACCGUCGUCGCCGCUUUAAUGACGAGGGCAAUUUGUUGAGUUGACAUUGGGCAGCAGCAGCAGCAACAUCACCACCACCGUCGUCGCCGCUUUAAUGACGAGGGCGUUUGUUGAGUUGACAUUGGGCAGUAAGCAGCAGCAGCAGCAACACCAUCAUCAUCACCAACACCAUCAUCAUCAUCACCAACACCAUCAUCAUCAUCACCAACACCAUCAUCAUUACCACCAACACCAUCAUCAUCAGCGCAGCGAGCAGCUUGAAAUCGCCGGGCCAAACACAAUCACCGCCGCAGCCUCGGUGACGAUGACGCCCAGCAAACGACAGCACGAGCUACUCCAACAACUACAACAACCACCACCACAGCAGCGGCUGCAGCAACAACAACAACAGCAAGGGGCCAUGAUGUCCGGGUCGCUACCGACGGCCACUGCGUGUGCGGCGCUGCUGCUGCUGCUGCUCAGCCUGACUACAGCAGCAGCAGCAGGAGGAGCAGCAGCAGGAGGAGCGGCCAAGAUGACAGCCAGCGAGAAGCGAGAGGUCGGCGGCGGAGACUGGCGACGUCCCAUUGGACCGGAAGAUCAACAACAACAACAUCAUCAUCACUAUCAGCAGCAGCGGAACAGAGGGUCGCCGGCUGAAUUGCUUCCAGCUCGACACAGCAGCAGCAGCAACAACAACAACAAGGGCAUCACGAUCAGCAGCAGUAGCAGCAGCAGCUGUGACAGGGACGCGGACGUCUCCACGAUGAGACGUCGAAUAAUCCGUCCGCAGGACUCCGUUUCUGCCGGGGCGCGUUUCGUGUCGGCGCCGCGGGGCGUGCGGCGUUGGCGCGGCUGCCUGGAGGCGUGCUGUUCGCACGUCGCCUGCUCGGUGGCCGUGCUACAGGGAGCUCCAGGCGACGGUGGUGAUGAUGAUGGUGACGACGACGACGAUGGUGGUGGUGGUGAUGAUGGUGGUGAUGAUGGUGACGGUGGACCGGAGCUGAACUGCUACCUCUUCGAUUGCCCGCGGGGUGAUGAUGGACGCAACGUGUGCUCGUUUUCAGCACACCAGGGAUACACGAGCUUUGUGCUCAACGAGAACGGCAGAGGAGGUGGCGGUGGUGGUGCUGAUGAUGAUGAUGGGAAGGAAGAGGCGGAUCGGGAAGAUGUGGAGCAGACGCGGGGGAGACAUGGGGACGCCGGCGCUGUCGGUGAAGACAAGCCACCGCAGGCCCAGGCCGGUGCCGACGUGCUGCUGCGCGUGCCCGCGAGCGGCGCCACGCUGAGCGGGCUGGGCAGCGUGGACGACCACGGCAUCACGGCAUACCGCUGGAGGCUACUUAGUGGAGAUCCCUCCAUGCAGAUGGCGAGCUCGGAAGAUGGACAGCUGAAGCUGUCUGGCCUCAGGGAGGGUGUGUACGUGAUGCGUCUCACCGUCACGGACACGGCAAACCAGCAGGGGUCGGACGAAGUUACCAUCACCGUGCUCCCCCCGCCCGCCCACACGGACGUGCCUUCGCACGAUCCGCCCGAGCCUGCGUUGCCUGCCAAAGCACCUACAGUGGCCCAAGAUGUGCACAACAUCUCGGAGAAGAUGUAUCGCCAGCCCUUCCAAGCGCAGCUUCUCUCCAUUCACACUAACCCCGGUGCCACGCAGAAGCAAGUGGAUGCUGUUUAUGUCGCACCAGAGUCUAGCGCGGUGCUGCCACUGGCGCUGGGCCUCGCCGUGACGGUGCUGCUUCUCGUGAUGCUCGGCGGCCGAUUCUUCGUCGCUCGGAAGCGGCUCAAGAAAGGACGGCCGCUCGUGUCCGAAGAGUCGGACUAUCUCAUCAACGGCAUGUACCUCUGACGGUGCGCGCCGUCUCCCGCAUCGCCCGCCCUCCUCCUCACACGUCGGCUAGUUUUUUUCCGCUUUUGUGUUUUGUGUCAGGUUUUCGUUGUUGUUUUUCGUUGUGACAGUUUCUGUUUUAAAUCACUCAAAUUGUACGCGUUAAAUUGUGACCUCCCGCUGCAUCAUGUGAGCUGCGGUCUAGCAUGCCCAAAGCACCAGGCAACUGGGUCAGUGAUGCCCACUGGUUUAUUACCUUUUAUGGACACCAUGAGCUGCACAAGCGGUUUUUCCCGUUUGAUCCGUAAUCCCCAACAGCAUAGCUACAAUAGCAGAAUUGUUAUUUCCUUAACCAGGCUAUAGCGCUUUAACUCAAAGCGUGUGCGCGUCGGCAAAUUAGGGGUGAGAGAUAGCGCGUUGGAUCGGCGAACGAUAUCAGUUGGGAAAGUCACAACACAUUGCAUAGAAUCGCAGGAGAAUCGAUGAAUGCAGAUUCGUAUAUAUACAUAUUGUGUGCCGUGGUGUUCACAUGACCCCCAGAAAGCUACCGGAGGCCACUACAGUCACCACAUUGUUUUGAGAGGAGAACCGAUUGUUGAGUCGAAAUGCGUUCCCCGCAUCGUCACAAUUUCAUCGGAUUACCGCCAGGGUCAAUCGUUACAUCCCUAGGUCAAGGCCGCCCAGAGUGGCGGUGUGGGGGAGGGGGGGGCAGAUUUCCCCGGGCCUCAGCCAAAAAAGAGGAGCCCACAACGGGGGGGGGGGGGGGGGGUUCAUGUGGCAUUUUGCCCUCGGCCUCUAGCCCUGGGCCUCUGUGGCUUCCUCUGGGUGACCGUGUCCCAAGCAUAUCUUUGAGCAGCUCUCAUUUAUACCCCCACGGCUUUGUCAGCACCGCACUUGGUACUCCACACAGGUUUUUAGCGUGAUGCAAGUCCAUCGCUGGGGGGCAUUUCACCGCCUCACCGUGCCGCAAAUUCCUGGCCACCUCUAGGAACGUGUGUAUCCGAAUAAACGGGCACUGAAUUGCGUCCCUCAUGUGUUAAUAACGGUUAUAAGUGUGCAAAGGAACGUACAAAUUUAAUUGAAAAUAGUUUAAAACAAAGCAAAAAAACCUUAAGUCUUAGGAUUAUGAGUGGACGAUUUUGUAACUGGUGGGCUCGGUCAGACUUGGCAGCAAGUUACCUGGUGGCAGGGUUUUUUUCAUGCAUCGUUUGUGAACGUGAACGACGGUGUUUGUGAUUGCGUUGCCACCAGCAGCCUUGUAUGCUUCCGGCGAUUUAUUCAUCACAAGGUACGCGGCAUGCUCCCUCUCCGUCGCCUGUCUUCUCCAAGUUCCCGCAACGUUGCUCGAUUCCAGACAGAGGUAGAUUCAUACCUGCCGUGUUAUCAUUAGUGUUCUUCUUUGCAGGCUGCUUUGCAUGAUAAGCCUGUGAUCAAACAUUUUUUUUUUUCUAUUCGACUGGUUGAUAUUUAAACAAAUAUAUAUUCAGCUCUGGAAGGUAUUUAGUCUACUCUUCCACAGUGGCCAGAUGUCUUGGAAGAGGUGCGAGUACCCACACUCUACCCCACCACACAAAACCUGUCAAUUAACUAACAGUCUGGCUGAACACCACGGCCGCGACUGGGGAAAAAAUAAGAGUCAUUUUUAUUUCGCUCCGCGGCACUGGUACCUGGGCAUUCAUUCUCACGUGACCUCAUUUCUUGAGCUUACCAGGGAUGUAACAAGGCAUAGAUUAGACUAUCUUGUAUAUAACGAGUUCACGUGAACCCUGACGCUAACUUGAGGCCUGCUACAUUCAAUGGAGCGGGGGAAAAAAAAAAGAGACUCGACUCUGCGAAUCAAAGUGUGACCUCAAAGCGUGACAAUUCGUCACCUUGGCAAGGGGAGGAGGAAUCCUUAUGAACGAUCCUGGCCCCUGGAACGUGUGGUGCUGUGGCUCCUUCUAUGCCAUCGGUGUCUACGGAGCCCAGCUGCUGUAAAUGCCGAAGCUUGAAAGGACAGGUCUCCUGAUUCACGAAGGUAUUCGCGGUUGUGCUCUACAGCUCUCCGUUGUGUCUUCGGGUUGUACCGCGCAUUUUGCCCGGCACGAUGUCCAACUCUCAGCAUGUGGAGCGAAAUGUAAAGUCGGACAUCGUGCCGAACAGCACGAGGUACGACAGCUGUGCAGACUCGAGAAACUGCCGUCGGUAAAGUUGCUCAGUGGCUCUGUGCAGCUUCAGGUCUGAGUGGGACGACACGCAUUUCUAAAAGUGUGUAAUAAUGGGAGUGGAAAAUCUAUUUUUCUCCUCUAUUCACGCCAGAACCAAAGUUUGCGAACUGAACUCCGUGUUUGACAAAGCUGCUGCGUUAAUGCGCUCAAAAAGUUGGGGUAAAGACGAUAUGUUUUUUUAAUGCGUAUAAUUAAUCAUGUGAAUCGCAAGCACAUCCAAUGCAUUGCAAUUUGCAAGAAUGCAUUUCCUAACGUCGAUCUACAGUUGGGAAAAAUUGUUCGACCACAAAAUGUUUGCGACUUGUAUCGAGUCGCUUCUUCUUCUUCUUGAGAAUGGCAAGACGGAAAAGCAACAGUUUUGAAAUAAGUUGUUGUAGAACGCCAAGUUACUUCAAUCAAUCCAAGGAGGAGCAGCGGCUGUCGCCGUGUGGAUCGCAGCGACUGCCGCCAGGAUGUUGCACGGGUGGCGCGUUCGUCGGUGACGCGUUGUUUGAUCGUCUUGACUUCACCGCAGUCGCAGUUCGGCAAUUCUUUCAACGUCCGUUUGUGGAAGGUGUGCGCGCGUCUCCCAGUUGAAUGUACGCCUGUUGAAAUUCUUUCGCACCGUACGUAGCCAACCGUGCUAAUCAGAGGUGCGGGAGAAGGACAACAGACUAAACACAAUGAGCAGUUCUAAAGAAAUUCGUUUUCAAACGAGAUUAUUUAAAAGUGCACAGCUCCAGUGGCUUCCUAAUAUCGGAAGGAAGAGCGUUCCAGACGGCCACAGAAGCGCAUCCGAAAGCGUGCGACGUGGCGACCAGUCUUUGUUCCAUGGCUUACCCAAAAAAGCUGCUGCUGCGGCGGCGAGGACGAGAAUGAAAGUUGCGUUCGAGCGUUGUUCAGCGCCGUCCACAAGUUGCUUGCCGCGAGAUGCAAGAGAGAGAAGGUACCGGCGCAGUCGACUCCUCGACGAGGGUUUUUCGUUUUGCCACGUCGCCGAGUGUCGAGGUUUAGACAACGCCGACGCCGCAACAUACGAUGCAAACUCUACUCAACUCAGUCGGGGGAGGGAGGGGGGGGUCCUCAGAUAUUUUUUGCCGAAUAAUUUUAGAUGUUUCGCGUGCUUUUGGUUCGCAGUAUCAUAAUCAUCAUGAUCAUCAUCAUUGCGAAAUAGCCGUUCGUCGUUAAACCCAGUGCUCCUCGUUGCGUUCACACGACGGGCAAUUCAAUUGCAAAUGUCAUGCGUUAAUUUAGAAGACAUUAGGGACGGCAGAUGAUAGGUUGAAGCGGGUUACAGGAGAGAGUGAAAUAUACGCUCAUGUAUUUUUUUUUUAAUAACAAGGUGAAUAUUUGUUGGGAGAGUACAGCAUCACAAUGUCAUUUUUUAAGGUAUUUUGUUGAUAACUCUUCCAUUACAUCUUCGCUCAAUUCUGAUCAUCAAAGGGGAAAGUGACACGUACAUAUUGUCAUCAGUUCGUCGAAAUACUUCAUUCAUAAUCGAUGCGUGAAUUCACGUUCGGGCUGGGGUUUUUUCAUUUAACCUGUAUUGGCCUUGAAAUCGAGAAAUAUGCACGAAGUAAUGUAAGGUAACAUGCACGCGCACUACCCACAGCUAAAGGUGUAGAUAUAUUGAAGUGCAGUUAAUGAUUUACCAAUUAAAAUGCCCGUUUCCAAUGACGAAUGUCAUAAAACAAAGAACAUCUGAAUUUGCGUCAACGUGUCUUCAAAGCUACGUGUUAUAACAAAUUUGCUAUUCAUUGCGUGUGUAAUGUCUUAUUUAAUAUUUAUUAAUACCCAAAUAAUAAAAAAAUCGCGCACAAGUGGUACGUGUCCAAUUCA